UUCCGCCAGGUGUCCUGCCUGAAGGAGCUGGUGGCCAGGGUCGUGCAGAGGCUCUGCGAACGUGGCGCGAGAAACGUGCUGGCCUUCGGCUUCGCGCUGCUGCGGGGCGCCCGCGGAGGACCACCCGUGGCCUUCACCACCAGCGUGUGCAGUUACCUGCCCAACACGGUGACCGAGACGCUGCGCGGCAGCCGCGCGUGGGGGCUGCUUCUGCGCCGCCUGGGUGACGACGUGCUGGUGCACCUGCUGGCACGCUGCUCGCUCUACCUUCUCGUCCCCCCCAGCUGCGCCUACCAGGUGUGCGGGCCACCUCUGUAUGACCUCUGCAGGCGCGUGGAGGCCCGGCCCAGGACACAGCUGGGCAGGACCAGCGAGGGCCGAGGAUCUACGCACCAGGCCUGGAGCAGCAGCCACAGGCAGGCUGGGGAAUCCCCGGGCCUGCUAGGCCAAGGUGCCAGGCGGCGUCCUGCCAGUACCCACCUGAGCCCACCUUCGGCAAAGAGGACCAGGCAUGGACCGUCGGGUGAGCAGGGAGCACGGGGGCACGCAUUGCCACACGCAGGCAGGGCACAAGGAAGGAGCGACCAUGGUCCCAGCACAGUGAUGCCGGCCAGGACCACCAUGGAAGCUACGUCUUCGGAGGGCCUGCAGUCUGGGAGCUGCCACUCUGCUCCAGUGGGCUUUGGGCAGAAGGCCGGCUUCCAGCCGAAGGGGCGGUCACCUGGGCCCCCAGUGUGGGUGGAGACCAAGGCCUUCCUCUACUGCCUGGGGUCCCGGGAGUGCCUACGCCCCUCCUUCCUGCUCAGCACCCUGCCGCCCAGCCUGGUGGGAGCUCGGAGGCUGGUGGAGACCAUCUUCCUGGGCCCCGUGCCCCGGCGGCCAGGGCCCCCCAGACGCCUGUCCCCGCGCCUCUGGAGGAUGCGGCCCCUUUUCCAAGAGCUGCUGGGCAACCAUAGGCGGUGCCCGUAUGCCGAGCUCCUCAGGACGCACUGCCCUCUGCGAGCCCCAGUCACAGAGACAGCCCGCGGCAGGGGGCCCUCCAGGCCAGCAGGGCCCCCCGAGGAGGAGGCAGGGGCACAGCACCUGGUGGGCCUGCUCCGCCACCACAGCACGCCCUGGCAGGUGUACGCCUUUCUGCGGGCCUGUCUGCGCCGCCUGGUGCCCGCCCGCCUCUGGGGCUCCAGGCACAACCAGCGCCGCUUCCUGAAGAACACCAAGCGGCUCGUCUCGCUGGGCAGGCAUGGCAAGCUCUCCCUGCGGGAGCUGACCUGGAAGAUGAGGGUGCAGGACUGCACCUGGCUGUGCCAGAGUCCAGGGCACCGCUGCGUCCCGGCUGCCGAGCACCGUCGGAGGGAGGCGCUGCUGGCCAGGCUCCUGCUCUGGCUGAUGGGCACCUAUGUGGCUGAGCUGCUCCGCUCCUUCUUCUACGUCACCGAAACCACAUUCCAGAGGAACCGGCUCUUCUUCUACCGCAAGAGCGUCUGGUGCCAGCUGCAGAGCGUCGGAGUGAGGCAGCACCUCCAGAGGGUGUGGCUGCGAGAGCUGUCAGGCACUGAGCUCCGCCGCCUCCAGGAAGCCCGGCCUUCCCUGCCGACCUGGAGACUGCGCUUCAUCCCCAAGCCCCGUGGUCUGCGGCCCAUCGUCAGCAUGGGCCACAUGCUGGGAGCCAGGACGUCCCGCAGAGAAAAGGUGGACGUGGCUGGGGCGUACGACUCCAUCCCGCAUGACCGGCUCUUGGAGGUGAUCACCCGCGUGCUCCAGCCCCCUGAGAACCCCUAUUGCAUCCGCUGCUACGCCGUGGUGCAGAGGGCUGCCCACGGGCACAUCCGCACGUCCUUCAAGAGACACGUCAGCACCCUGGUGGACCUCCAGCCCUACAUGCAGCAGUUCGUGGCACACCUGCAGGAGGCGGGAGCACUGAGGGACGCCGUCGUUGUCGAGCAGAGCUCCUCUCUGAAUGAGACCAGCAGCCGCCUCCUGGACUUCUUCGUGAGCUUCGUGCGGUGCUGCAUCAUCCAGAUCGGGGCCAGGUCCUACGUGCAGUGUGGAGGGAUCCCACAGGGCUCCGCGCUGUCCCCACUGCUGUGCAGCCUGUGCUACGGAGACAUGGAGCGCCGGCUGUUCCCGGGGAUACAGCAGGACGGGGUACUUCUGCGGCUCCUGGAUGACUUCCUGCUGGUGACGCCUCACCUGGCCCACGCGAAAGCCUUCCUCGGGGCCCUGGUACGAGGUGUCCCCGAGUAUGGCUGCUUGAUAAACCUGGGGAAGACGGUGGUGAACUUCCCCGUGGACGACAGCCUGGGCGGCUCGGCCGUGCGCCAGCUGCCAGCCCACUGCCGCUUCCCCUGGUGUGGGCUGCUGCUAGACACCCGGAGCCUGGAGGUGCUGCACGACUACUCCAGCUAUGCCCGGACCUCCAUCAAGGCCAGCCUCACCUUCAGCCCCGGCUUCCAGGCGGGGAGGGCCCUGCGUCGCAAGCUCUUCGGUGUCCUGCGCCUCAAGUGCCAUGGCAUCUUUCUGGAUUUGCAGGUGAACAGCCUGCAGACGGUGUGUGUGAACGUGUACAAGGUCCUGCUGCUGCAAGCCUACAGGUUCCACGCCUGUGUCCUGCAGCUGCCGUUUGACCAGCAGGUCCACAAGAACCCCCCGUUCUUCCUGCGGGUCAUUUCUGACACUGCCUCGCUCUGCUACUCCAUCCUCAGGGCCAGGAGCGCAGGGGUGACACUGGGGACCAGGGGAGCUGGUGGCCCAUUCCCCUUUGAGGCUGCAGAGUGGCUGUGUGUCCACGCCUUCCUGCACAAGCUGGCUCGUCACCCCUGCACCUACAGCACCCUCCUGGGGACACUCAGGGCAGUCCAAGCACGGCUGUGUCUGAAGCUCCCUGCAGCAACAAUGGCUGCUCUAGAGGCUGCAACUGAUCCGGCCCUGACCACGGACUUCAGGACCAUCUUGGACUGAACCAGCGCCCUCCCCGACUCUGGCCGUGUGCUGAGCCCUGACCACGGACCUCAGGGCCAUCCUGAACUGAGCUGGUGCCCUCCCCGACUCUGGCUGUGCGCUGAGGGCGUGUGCUUGUCCCAAUGCACCCCUCCCCAGGGCCCUUAGCCUGUCCUCAGCCCCUGGCUCCCAGGGGAGCAUGGAGAGUCCCCAGCCGCCCCCACGCCUCAGUGGCCUUGUGCUUGCACACGCCCAGUGCUACCCGAGCUGCAGGAGCGAGGCGCAGCCAUGGGCGUGGGCCCCUGUGCUGACCCGCGCACGUCCAAAGUCCUAAUUGAGCUCCCCUGCAGCAGAGGGCCGAGUCAGCCCGUGGGGGGCCUUAUCCACCUGGCCUUUCCCACCUGGCAGGUCCUGCCCAUCCCAGGGCCUUGGAGUCCUCGUCCCUUGAGUGGAGUGAGCCCUCAGGCUGGCACCACCCCUCCCCACAUGACUCCACCUCUGCCAGAACUGGUCCCCUAGACUCACCUCCAGCCUGUGCAUUCAGAUGGAAACCCUAAAAGGACCCUGGGUCCCCACAGGCACCCUGGACACGGCAAGGCCUUGCAGCCUGGGAGCCGGGGGCUACAGGAAGGGUGUGCUGACCUUGGGUCUGGCUUGUUCAAAUGUGUCAUGUCCACCGUAACAAGCACCAUCAUGGCU